AUGGGCCUGCUGCAGCAGCACGAGGGAUCCAGCCCCUCUUCCGCCGCUGCAUCUCCCUGCCAGCAGCAGCCGAAGGAUGAAGCAGAAGAGUGCCAGCAUCAGCGACAGGCUGUGUAUCGCGUGCGGCUUCCGAGAGCUCUGCUAUUCAAGCCCGUGCUGUCGCACACCCCCGAAGAGGCCCCUCCGUCAGCGGAAAAGGACUUUGAACUGUCUCUUGAGGAGGCAGCAGCCAGCGCAGUAGAGAGCUGGAUUGAUCCCGAUGGCUCUGAUUUUGCUGCCGCUGCUCAGGGCGAGAUCGCAUGGGUCUUAUCAUGCCUCUUGUUCCAUGCCUUCCCAGUAUUCGUUGCGUGCUUGUGUGACAACGCAGCAGUGCUGCCUCUCCUCGCGUAUCGUGUGGCUGCCCUCUUCGCUUUCUUUGACGCCAAGAGCAAAGAUCCCCUGGCUGUCGGUACACUCGGCCGAACACUCUCUUGUCUUCUGCGGUCCCUUGCUUUCGUCCUCGGGCGCCUCCUCAAGGGGCCCCUUGGAAGGAGGCGUCUCAAGCUCUCUGUUGCCGCAGCCGCGGAAAACGCCACUGUUGUUGCAACCCCUCCUCCGGAUGCAGCUGCAGAAGCGCCGGCAGCAGCACAGCUGCCUGCUAGUCACGUGCUGUAUCAACACCACUCGUUCAAUCUGUACGCAGAGUUCUGUCUCUGCAUGCGGGGGAACCCCCAGAGCGUUGAGGCGCCCCUUCCUGCCUCUGGAUCUUUCGACAUCCUCCCUCUUCCGGCUGUCGCUGGAGUCACUUUUCCCCUCGUAGUAUCCGCAAAAAAGCGCUGGAGCCUCGAGAAAGGGGCCCCUAAGACCUCCUCUUCGGGAGCCUCCGCGGAGAGAGCUUCGCUGGAUGCUGUGGACGUAAGAGAAGAUGAAGUCGUCUUCUUAGGAGAAGGACUGAGGUUCAGGAUUUUGGAGUGUAUCCGCAUCCUCGUGCGUGCAGCUUCCGGGAGAGACGGGUAUAUGGCAUUGGUGGAAAGCGUGACGCGCUCGGAGGUGCCUAUACACCUCAAGGCCGUCUGUCUGCCAGGUCUCCUGGCAGCCACUGCAAAGAUAAGGAGGAAGAAAGAUCGCUUCAUAACGCAACUUUGCUCGAUCAUUAUGAACAAAACGCUUCCCGUACGCGCGCCGCAUAGCGCAACAGAAAGCCUUGCCAAGUUGCUGCCCUCCACGGCCAAACGGGUGCUUCGAAUCAAAGAGAAGCAGCAAGUUCAGCAGCAGCAAGUUCAGCAGCAGCAAGUUCAGCAGCAGCAACAGGAGCCGGGAGUGAAGGGCUCCUUCCCCGUAUUGGCUGUUGGAUCUGAUGUCUCCUUGCCUCUGCGGCUGCUGAUCCUUGCCCACGCGACGCAAGGCCUUGUUGUAGCGCUAGAUGCAGGAAGCGGUGCAUCGAACGGUCUAGAUAAGAAGACUGAGAGCUUUGGUCAGGAGGAGCUCGAGCAAGAGCGCGAGGCACAAAAAAAAGGAUCAGGAGAGGCGGAUCCGCAGACUGAGCAGCACGCCGACAACCCCCUCGUGGCGAUGCAUGCCAUACAAUCCGUCCUCUUUAAAGCCUUGGAGUUGUCAGUGCCUCUUCUCGCGGAUCCCUUCAUGGCUCCCCCUACUCCUGAAGGAUCUGCAUGCGUUCAAAUAGACCGCUCCAGGCUGCACAGCAUGCAGCGGGAACCUUGGUCGGGGGCUUGCCAAGCGCUUGCCGAGUGUGCCGUCAGAAGUCGUGCUGGGCUUGUCACUGCGCAGCAGCAGCAUCAGCAGCAGCAUCAGUAUCAGUAUUACUCACAGCAGCAGCAGCGGCAGUGGACGGCGGAGGAGCUUUCUUUGUGGUUCGCAGUUGAUUCGCUUGUACGUCAGUCGGGGGCUUUACUGUCUCGAGGCGAAGAAACCCUCUGUUACGCUUUGCAGCGGCUCAAUAUCUGUGCUGCACCAGCUCCGCAACAAGGCGACAUGGAGGUGGGACCGCUUGCCUCAGCCUGUCUGGUGUAUGGACUGCUCAUUCUGCUGCUCGGCUCACCCUCUCUUCCUGCCCCCAUAUGCCUCGCCCAGCGCGCAGUCUGGGCUCUUAAGGCUGCCUGCAUCUUCAUGCAGCACGCAGAUGCGGAAGCCGCAGCCACUGCUGCUGCAGGCACAGCGCGGCAGCAGCAGCAGCAGCAGCAGCAGCAGAAGGAGCACCUAGCCGCUGCAGCAGAGAGCGUCGGGAUCUGGAAGGAGGCUCGAUGGCUCCUGCAACGCAAAGCAGAGCAGCUGCUUGUUUUCGGUGUAUCCUUGCUGCCGAUAGUGCAGCAGCAACACCCCGAACGCUUCGAGACUCCCCACAGCCUAAGGGCCUACCCCGCGCUGCUGCUGCUCCUGCUGCUGCAGCAAAUGGCGUCAGCAUCCACCAGCGCAGCUCGUGGCUUCCUCAUCCUCUCUCAGAUGGGAGGGCGCCUCCACGCUGCAGCCGAGGAACAAGACGGCUGCCUUAGCUCCCUUGGCAUCGCCGAUGUGGAAGACGGUCCUGUAGAGGCCUCUUUCUUGAAGGAAAAACUCAAGGCGGAGCACUUCGCCCUCAGAGGAGGAGACAUGACUGUCUUGUACAGAUGCGUCGCUGUUCUGACAGGGGUUUUUGCAUGGAAGGCACAAAUAUCACUUUUUCAGUCGCUGCUGAAUCCGAAAGAGUUUCAGCUACCAGACGCUGCCACUGCUGCUGUUCUCAUCCUCCUAAAGGAGCGGUGGUGCCUUCAGGUACUCCACUACCAGAAUGCGGAUGCUCCUGCUGCUGCUGCUGCUGACGCCAAUCCGCAAGUAUCUCAGCCAGCAGGUGCAGUUGGAGGGGCGAAGGAUCCCUUAUUGGCUCUGACGAAUUUGAACGUGUUAGCCUUUGUAGUGCAAACGCAACUUAUCAACAGAGAGGAAACAAUAGCUGAAGGCUCAGAACGCCUCUCUUGCGUCCUCAAUUGGCUAAAACUAGUCCUCCUACAGGGUCAUAAGAACCCGAACAGGGGGCCUAAUAAGGCACACGGCAGCAACCCUUUUUAUGCCAUGGGUUUGCUGCUCCUACGAUCCCUCAAGCAGCCGCUCCUAGAGGCUCUGCGGAGGCUAGCGAGUCAAGCGGAUGCGGAAGAGGUACUAACACAGAGCCGUGGGGGUCCGGAAGGUCUGAGGGGCCCCCAAUGUCUUUUGGGAAGGGGGGCCCCCUCCACAGCAGAUAAAGUUGAGCUGCUGAGGCCUUGUGGAGGGGCAAUGCGACACUCUAGCGCUGCUGCGGAGCAACGCAUGCGGCUGCAGCUGGUCUGUCUGGUGCUACAAGAGGUAAGAGAUCUGGUUUAUCAGGCAGCAGAUGCAGCAAAAGGAACAGAAUAUUUCUUUCGAAAAGCUGUUGUAAUUUGUCACUUUCGCGUCACGGGGCUCGGGCAAGAAGGGAAGGAAGACGGCAACGAUGCCCAUUGUUGCGACCUCGAUUUGCACUCCGCCCGUCCGCAUGGACUUGCAUCGAGCAACCUACAGCUUAACAUACAUGGUGUUCGCAUAUGUAGUGUGUAA